ACUACGGGCCGCUUCAUCCCGUCUUUCCUCUGAACCGGAAAACCCAUCCAGCGGUCCGACCUUCUGCCCUCCUUCGAAGCGGCGAAACGGAGCUCUCUGGUGCUCGCAGACGAACGCCACUCCCCGGAGCUCCGCCGGUGGCGAGCGCAAAGCCUCGACGAGCGAGAGACCAAUGACCGCGACCUCCCACUCCUUCUCCCUCCCUUCUCGCCUCGCCCUCCUCGCCCUCUUCUCCCUCUCCUCCUCCUUCUUCCUCUGGAAAUCCCGCCGCCUUCGCCUUCUCCGCCUCUCCUCCCAAAACCCUAACCGUGAUCCAAGUCCUAGGGGAAAGCUCUUCUUCGCCUCCCAGACUGGAACCUCCCGAGCCCUCGCCGGCCGCCUCGCCGACCGCCUCCGCGCCGCCGCCCUGCCCUUCGACCUCGUCGACCCCCGGGGAUACGAGCCGGAGGACCUCCCCAAGGAAACCCUAGUUCUUAUCGUCGCUUCCACCUGGGAGGACGGGAAGCCCCCGCCUAAUGCCGAGUUCCUCGCCCGGUGGCUCGCCGAGAGCGCCGAGGACUUCCGGGUGGGCUCGCUGCUCCUCUCCGGGUGCCGCUUCGCGGUAUUCGGCGUUGGGUCGAGGUCUUAUGGCGAGAGCUUUAAUGCCACCGCGAAGGACUUCUCAGGGUGGAUGAGGGCCGUCGGAGCCGCGGAGAUGCUGCCUGUUUGGGAGGGCGAUGUGGACAAUGGAGACAUGGAUGAGGUUUUUGAUUCCUGGAGUCAGAAGGUUAUCGGGUUACUGAAGGGAGAUGUGUGCGAGAACGGUGGGCACUUAGCUUCUAUUAUAGAGAGCAACGGCUUUGAUUCGGAAGAGGAGGAGGAAGAGGAGGAGGAGGCUAUGGAAUCAGCUGUUGUUGAUGUGGAGGACAUCGCUGGUAAAGCUCCUUCAAGGAAAUCAACUGGGGCUUUAUCUAAUGGAGGGCAAAAUGGUGACAAUGGUCUGAGGGAAAUGGUGACACCAAUCAUUAGAACAAGCUUGGAGAAGCAGGGAUAUAAAAUUGUUGGUUCACAUAGUGGAGUUAAACUUUGUAGGUGGACCAAGUCACAACUCCGAGGUCGUGGUGGUUGUUACAAGCAUUCAUUUUAUGGCAUAGAGAGUCAUAGGUGCAUGGAAGCAACCCCUAGUUUGGCUUGUGCAAAUAAAUGUGUUUUCUGUUGGAGGCAUCAUACAAAUCCUGUUGGAAAGAGCUGGAGAUGGAAGAUGGAUGAUCCUUUAGUGAUCGUAAAUGCUGCCAUAGACCAGCAUACUAAAAUGAUUAAGCAAAUGAAAGGUGUCCCAGGUGUAAAGCAGGAGCAGUUAUUAGAAGGUCUCUCUCCUAAGCAUUGUGCUUUAUCUCUGGUUGGUGAACCAAUCAUGUAUCCAGAGAUAAAUUCACUUAUUGAUGAGCUGCAUUCUAGACAUAUCUCUACCUUCCUUGUCACAAAUGCACAAUUUCCAGAUAGGAUAAAGAUGUUGAGACCUGUUACUCAGUUAUAUGUGAGUGUAGAUGCAGCUACAAAAGACAGCCUGAAGGCAAUUGAUAGGCCGCUCUUUAGCGACUUCUGGGAGCGUUUUGUUGAUUCGUUAAAAGCUUUGCGAGAUAAAGAACAGCGUACAGUUUACCGUUUAACUUUAGUUAAGGGAUGGAAUGCGGAAGAUAUAGAUGCAUAUGCAAACUUGCUGGGCAUUGGGAAACCAGAUUUAGUUGAAAUGAAAGGCGUCACAUACUGUGGCUCGUCUGCCACUUCAAAAUUGACAAUGGAGAAUGUCCCGUGGCACUCUGAUGUUAGAGCCUUUUCAGAGGCUUUGGCGAUUAAAAGCAGUGGCGAAUAUGAGGUUGCUUGUGAGCAUGUCCACUCCUGCUGUGUUGUUCUAGCAAAAGUUAGCAAGUUUAAGGUCAAGGGUCAGUGGUAUACAUGGAUAGAUUAUGAACGGUUCCACGAGCUGGUUGCUUCUGGGAAGCCUUUUAAAAGCGAACACUACAUGGCCCUGACACCUUCCUGGGCUGUCUAUGGUGCUGAGGAAGGUGGAUUUGAUCCAGAUCAAUCUCGUUAUAAAAAGGAGAGGCGCCAUGGAGCUGCAAGCAUUAGAGGCUCUCCAGUGGCUCCCUAAAUGGCACCAGAAGCUUGGUUGGGACAGAGGAUUUUGAUCAAAUUCAAUGAUAAAAGGGGGGGGUCAAAAGAUGCAUCUAUUGGCAGAACCCUCUUUAGUCUAAAAUAUGGACCCACCAGGGAGAACAGACUCAUUGCUUCUGGAGAGCUUAGAGAGCUUGAUUGUCCUUGUCCGCGCCAAACAGAAUUUUUGGAAGAAAGAGACAUAAACCCACUGUUUAGAAAACAGGUAAUGUAUGUGGAAUCGAUCUCUUUUGUGUUAUAAAGGUGGAUUCUGAUGGCUGUCCGCUGCCUUGCACUCUGUUUUCGUAUUUUUUUAUAUCUAAAUGCUAAGUGAAUGGACCAUUCUCUUCUUAUGUGACCCUACUCCAUAGCAAGGAUUGGAUUAGAGGCUGCUCCCCUGCAAUGGGGACCUGCAACCUGUGUAUCUUUUGCCCUAUUUACAGCAAUUUCAGCAAGCGUUGGAUGCCCCAGCAUGUGCAUCACUAGAAGCAUAUGUUAACUCUGUGGUUAAAAGACCACGGUAUAGUUUAACAAACAUGGCCACAGGAUACUCUCACCUUUGUGUUUCCUUGGAACAUGCAUGCUUUACCAUAUAUAAUAAUAUAUUACCUGUCCA